CCUCGUCCCUUCCUGCCCUCUGCCGGAGACGCACAACAGAGGAGGUUCACGGCGGUAUAAACACGACAACCCAAGUCAACCAGGCUUUCCGCCAGCUGUCUCAAUUGAUUGGACUGCGACUAUAUCAUUCCGUUUGCACGCACCCACCACGCACAUCCUGUUGCCUCUCCCUCUCUCCCUCUCUCUCUCUCUCGCCUCCCGGGGGGCAGUGCCGGCAUUGUUUCCUUUUGGAUUUGACUUGACCAGGUUCUCCAUCAACGCAAUGUCUGGUGGUAACCUGCAUCAACAGCAGCCUGACUGCAAGCAGCCUAGGCCUCAUUGGUUCGCUGGGGAGCUUUCAUCGCCUUCCGUGGCAUCUUCUGGCCGCUCUCCGUCAUUGACCAGUCUUGAGUCCGUUUCUUCUCUUGAAAGUGUGUCAGAAUCGGCCUUGAAGACACCAACAGCACCGGCAAACUGGCGUGCUGAUUCCAACGAGACAAAAGAAGCUGCAGGCACGACCGACCAAGUAGUAAAUAAGCCAGGCAGGCGUCACAACUUUCGUCAGGGCUCUCCAUCUUCUCUGUUCACCAGUUCUGGUGCUGCGACUCCGACAUCGUCUCAUCGCAUCCCUUCGGUAGUGAAGCCAACUUCUCAGAACACGGGUAUUCAUGCGCCACAACCCUCUGUUGAAAGGGGACGACACGAAGAAGAUCCUGCUGGCAGUUGCGGAGCACGCGAUCCUGACUGUUUUGAUUCGGUUAGUGGUGUUGGGUCAAGGCUCGACACUGAUGGUAAACAAGGCCACAGAGCUCACGAGUUCUCUUUUGUUGACGAUAACAGUCUGAAGGCAUCUCCAGGGCUUGUAUCACCUAGCUUUUCCCCCCAAGCUGGAUACCGGAGAAAGUAUUCACAUGAGCGUGACAGAAAAGCCCAUAUUUUGCAGCAGUUUGAGAGUAUCAGAGGUGUUUGGCCGUCGGAUUCUGUAACUGCUCCGUCGCACAAUACAAGCGGGUCCAGCCUCCUUUUCAAAGCUCCAAUCGUAAAGAACAUCACCGAGAUCAAAUCUAAGCUCGCAUUCGCUGGGCUUCUUGCCUCAACGGCCCUUUCUCAGCCGGCAGACAGGCACAACUACACCACCCCCUGUCCUCCUUCCCCGAGCAUCGGCUCGGACACUACAAUAAGGGCGGCCCCGCAUCUGCUGACCACGUAUUCCGGCCAAUCAAUAGAGGUCACAUCACCAGCAAUACAAACAACAGGCAGUGCCCCGAACACCUCCGAGCCAUUGUCCUCCGUUCCGGACCCACUUUCCGGAGCCAUAAAUAUCUCCUUCGGGCAGCUCCCGAACUUGAACUCAGAUUCCUCUUUUUCUUUUGAUGAGCAACAGCAACAGCAACAGCAACAAAAAUCGUCCAAGCAUUUUGAAAAAGAAGAAAUGUCCGGCUCCGUCGCGGGUAGCGUUGGCGCUGGCGAGCGCUCGCCCUCAAGCGAGCAGAUGCGUCUGUCUGGUGGUUUGAGUGGAAGAGGGCAGCUUGCUGCCAGCACUGCCGGCCCCUUUGGUGGUCGCGCGAGAGGCAUUGACAACUGGCGCCAGCGAGCGCAGUCCCCGCCCCUGCCCAGGACCGGCAAUGGUAUAUAUCUAUUCAACCUCAAUCAUCUGAGCCAAGCUGAUCAGUAUAUAGAUACAACCUCUUCUCCUUCUCUGGGCGCGGUCCUUGCUCCCGCCAAUGGCAACUUUGCUGCUGGCCCCUCCCAGGGGUAUAACCCUGGCUUCUCUUCGCCUGUUGCGCCGCGCUCUCCCACCUUGGCGUCUUUUUCUUCUGCCCCGACCCGCCCCGCCGUCCUGUCCCCUGCUGCCCGGCAGCAGUUCACUCCUUUCCCCGGCCCAUCCGCCGCCACCGGCAUCUUUUCGCCUGGCACUCCGACGGUCUCUGCCGGUCUCAGUUUUGGUGACCUUGCUGGUGGCUCCGGCUUCUCGCCCGUCGGCUUCUCUGGUGCUCCCAGCUUUGUCGACCCGUCUGGUUUCGCCUCUCUGUCGCUCUCUGACCCCGCGGCCGCCCGCCAAGGCCAGCUCGCCCAUCUGCGAAUGAGGGGUGAUGCUGGGACUGGCAAUCUUUUCUCGCCCCCGAAAUCCCAGCCCCAGGGGCUGUACGGAGUCCCUUCGUCUUCUGCCGGUGGUGGUGGCUCGGCCACGACCCCAACCACAACCGCUCCCCCGGCGAUCCCGGCCCCGCGCCCCCAGAACUGGGAUCUGGCUCAGUACCAGAGCCAGUAUCUGAUCACCAUCGGCCCUGAUACCCAGGGAUACUGUUUUGUCCGCCCUGACGGCAGCCGGACCCGACUGGUGCCCGUUGACAUGCUCCCAUUCUCGCUCGUUGGGCUUCCGCCUUCGGAGAACGACAAUGACAAGCUCAUUGAGUUGGUGAUUCCCACCGGUAUGGAUCGACUCUGCAAGAAUAGCAAUAUUGAGCGGGCGGUUGUUCAGUCCGCCCCUAAUCGCCAUCAAGACCCCAUCCAGAACCGUAUUGACCAUAUCCUGCUCGCGUCUGAUCCUCAGGCUUCUUCUGCUGCCGCCACUACCGUUUCCGGUCCGACUUCCCCUUCUGCCGCACAGCCUAGAAAGAUCAAGGUCUAUUGCGACAAGUGGGUUCACGAGGGCACCUGCGCGUUCACCCAACAAGGAUGCAAGUACAAGCACGAGAUGCCUAUGGACAAGGCCACACAGCACAGUUUGGGGCUGUUUCAUGGUUUGCCUACCUGGUGGAAGAAGAGGCAGGCAGAGCUGUCUCGCGAGAGCGAGCGGGGUCCUCUGGAGCGCGGUGGGGGUGUUUCCGUUGGUGGAAGGUUUGCUACGGGCGGUUCUGGUGGCGUCACCGGCACUGGCGCUGGCGCCGGUGCUGGCGCCGGUGCUGGUGCCGAAGGUGGUCACAGACGAUAUGGUUCGAGCUGGUCGCGCUGGGACAGUGGGAGUGGUGGAAGCGGUGUGGGGAGCGCAUCUGGUAUGCGCCGCGGUUCUUCUUCUACUGGUAGUGAGUCUGGUUUCCAUUCUUCCAACUGGAGAGAGCGUCACCCGGCCCCGGGGUAA